AUGUUCUGGGAUACGACAACAGAUUCCUUCAAUUUUGAAACCAAAUUCCACCGCAUUCCACAAAAGGUUUUAGAAUCUCGUCGACCACCAACCAAAAGGGAACUUCUUGGAAUAGUAAUGGCAAUAUUCGACCCUUUUGGAUUUUUAGCCGACUUUUUGAUUUUUUCAAAAAUCCUGGUUCAAGAAUGUUCGAAAGUAAGCAUUGACUGGGAUGACCCAAUACCUACUGAGCUACAUAUCAAAUGGUCUACAUGGUGGAACGAGUUUCAACAGGUAAAAGCCUUUCAAAUAUCACGAUGUUAUUCGCCGCAUAUCCGCCUUUCAAACAACACCGAGCUGCACGUAUUCGUAGAUGCCAGCCAAAGUGCCUUUGCAGCCGUUGGUUAUUUCCGUAUUGUCACAGAAAACCGAAUUGAAUUAAGCUUUGUAGCAGGAAAAACUAGAACUGCCCCUAAGAAAUUGAUGUCCGUUCCUAGACUGGAGCUACAAGCAGCCAUACUUGGUUUACGUCUAAGCAGGUCCAUCAUUCAAAGUCACGAGAUCAAAAUAUCGAAAACAAUUUUCUGGAGCGAUUCCCGAACCGUACUCUACUGGAUUCACUCACAUGAACGUAGGUACAAACCCUUUGUUGGCCACCGAAUUUCGGAAAUCAUUAGCAACACCGAUCCGAACCAAUGGCGCUGGGUGCCAACUUCAGAUAACUCAGCAGAUGCAGCCACUCGCCCUACGUUCCCACCGAAAUUCAACUGCAGUAGUCGAUAG